GCCUGCAGCCCCCGGGGCCGGAGCCGCUCCGCCGGCGGGGCGAGUUUCGCCGGGCAGCGCGGAGAGAGGACAUCGGCGAGCGCCGCUUGCGCGCACGGCUCUGCUCCCGCAGCACCGCCGGGUCCUGCCGUCCCGUGCCGUCCCAUCUCGUCCCGCAGGCGCUCGGCUGCCAACUGAGCCACUUUUUCAUCGUUGUUAUUAUUUUUAUUUUUGUUCUCUCUUGUUUUAAUUUUUUUUCCUUUUUUUUUUUUUAAACCUUUUCUCCCCACACACUUUUUUCCCCGUCUCCAAAGCCGUUUUUAUUAUUUUUUCCCAUCCGCUGCGAGCGUUGGGAGGCGAAAGGCAAGAGCCGAAGAGGUCGGGAGGGAGAAGGGGGCGGGGAGACGGCGAGGGAGCGGCGGGUGUCGGUGUGGGAAGGCGGGGACGCGGCUCCCCCGGCCCGACCUCGGACCAUGUACCAGGACUACCCCGGGAACUUCGACACCUCCUCCAGAGGCAGCAGCGGCUCCCCGGGACACCCCGAGACCUACUCGAGCGGCGCAGCCCAGCAGAAAUUCCGAGUAGAUAUGCCAGGAUCGGGCAGUGCCUUUAUCCCUACGAUCAACGCCAUCACGACCAGCCAAGACCUGCAGUGGAUGGUGCAGCCCACGGUCAUCACCUCCAUGUCCAGCCCUUACUCCCGCUCGCACCCCUACAGCCACGCUCUGCCCCCGCUGUCCUCAGUGGCCGGGCACACGGCUCUGCAGCGUCCCGGCGUCAUCAAAACCAUCGGCACCACCGUGGGGCGGCGACGGAGGGACGAGCAGCUGUCGCCUGAGGAAGAGGAGAAGCGAAGGAUCCGCAGAGAGAGGAACAAGCUGGCAGCUGCCAAGUGUCGUAACAGGCGCCGAGAGCUAACAGAGAAACUCCAGGCGGAAACUGAAGUACUGGAGGAGGAGAAGUCGGUGCUGCAAAAGGAGAUUGCUGAGCUCCAGAAGGAGAAGGAGAAGCUGGAGUUUAUGCUGGUGGCUCACAGCCCUGUGUGCAAAAUCAGCCCCGAGGAGCGUCGGAGCCCACCAUCGAGCAGCCUCCAGAGCAUUCGGACUGGAGCAAGUGGAGCGGUGGUGGUGAAGCAGGAGCCUGUGGAGGAAGAGAUCCCAUCUUCCUCUUUGGUCCUUGACAAAGCCCAGAGGUCUGUCAUUAAGCCCAUCAGCAUUGCUGGAGGUUUUUAUGGGGAAGAGGCACUCAACACUCCCAUUGUGGUGACCUCAACACCAGCCAUCACUCCUGGCUCUUCCAACUUGGUGUUCACCUACCCUAACGUGUUGGAUCAGGAGUCUCCUCUCUCCCCUUCUGAGUCCUGCUCCAAAGCUCACCGGAGGAGCAGCAGCAGCGGGGACCAGUCCUCAGAUUCCUUGAACUCUCCCACCUUGCUGGCGUUGUAAUCCCCCUGCGGCCCCCCAUUUUGCCAGUGUGUUACAUCCCCCACAGCACCAUGGGGGGAGCCCCCUCCAUGGGAUUAGAGACAGGCACAGGAUCGUUCAAGCACAAGGGCAGCAAGAACAAGGAUGGGGAAGUGCUACAGCUCCAGGAAGGAGAGUGAGGACCAACGCCAGCUCCCUGGAGGCAGGAAACGGCAAGGGUGGGACUGACACGCCAGGGUUGUUUGGAGAGGGUGAUGUCCCCUCUGUAGGGACUGCCUUGGAAACCUCUUUGUGGACUUGGGGAGCACUCCUGGCCAGGACUGAAGGCGAGCUGCAGACAGUUGCUAGUUGUCCCUUUCCUUUGUGGAUUGACCUGAUCGGUUGUGCUCUGUGCUUAAAUCAUUCUGGUUAGUUGAUCUUACAACUUCUCUCUUGCGUGCUCGCUCUCUCUCUUCGCUUAUCAUUUCCAAUGUUGUCGAUCCCAUUACAUUUCACUCAGUUGCUCUGAACUCUAAAGUCUUAUUAGGAUCUUUCCUCUUGUGAAUAGCUGUGGGAAACACGUAAGGUUUCCCAGACAGGAGGAUGACAGCUGGGAGGACCAGGAGAUAGGGGGACCAAGAGGGAGCCCAAGAGCUCAGCAGCAAGGCCAGAGCUUGUAGUCUCUAGCCUGAGGCACAGAGACAGCAGAAGGCUCAUGUGGAAGCCUUUCUUUUAAAAAAUGUGGAUAUAUUUAUCGGGCUCCUCAAAAAAAACAAGUUAGCAUCUCAGGGCCAAAGUAGCACCAGAAGAGCUGCUGGGCUGGCACUUGCCAGUCACUGGCAGGGUUUUACCCUAGUUCGCUGGAUAUCAAGUCUGCUGCUUGUUGUUUACCUUUCCUGGGCUGCCUGCUGUCUAGGGAGUAUUACAUCUUCCUUCCCAUCAGGGCUCCUGACUCAGAGGCUGAUCUCUUCCUGUUAGUAAAUCUUCCCCUCCCCUUGGCCAUAUUUGCAGAACAUGUUAAAAAAAAGGACGUGGCACUGCAUGCCUAUAAAUCUAGGAUGGAGACUGGCAGCAGCUGAGAUGGUCAAAUUAGCUGGCUGUACCCUUGCUGAUUUUUGGAUUGUUGGGAAACAAAGCAUCCACUAGCACAGCACAGGCCACAAGUUCCCAGCUCCUGACCAGGCAGGAAUGGCAUGGAUAAAGUUUUGACCUGUUUGAACUAAAACAGAGCUUCUGACAAGCUCUGGCAAAUGACAAGUUGACAGCUGAAGAAAAUUGAUUAGCAUUAUUUGCGCCUUGGUCUUUGGCCUCUGGUUUUUCUUUGCAUUACAAUUGAUCUUGUGUUGUUGUGGUUGAUUGGCCUGAAGACAAAGAAUCAAACCAAAGGGCUCUUUCCCUGCUCUUGGGUCCUUCUCUAGCCUGUGGGCUUGACUGCUACUACUAAGUGCUCACAGAGGGCACAAGCUCUCCAGUGCUCAUGUUCUCUACUGAAAACAGUAAUGUGUGUAGUCUGUUGGAGCCAAGCUCAAUUCCUAUUGAUGUCAAGGCACUGGCAAACCAUGAGCCUGUGCACACUAGGAUUGCCCAGCUUGCCAGCUAAACCUCUUAGGAGAUAGCUUUUUGGUCCUGCCUGUUGUCCUGUGGUGGCAGCUAUUUAUUUUGGUGUGAGAUUGUCUUUUUCUUAUACACACAUACACACACACACACACACAUAUAA